AUGGCACAGCCCGCAGAAGAUAGCCAUCGUAUCCCCAUGUUCACCGAGCAGAAGAAGCUGCCCGGAAUCGGUAAGCUCUCCGCGACCUGGCUUGCGGUCAUACUGCUUGAGAAUGUGCAGUACCCCGAGCUCGUUGCCGAUAAUUGGGCGCUGGCCCUGCAAAUUCUGCAGGGAGUAUGGCAGAACCGCCGGCUAAAGUACCCAGCUCUUUGCCGCAGGCGAAUGGGUGGUGUUCUCGCUGCCAGGGGAUGUGUUCGCAUAUUUAUCGAGUCCCACAUUGGGUCCGGGACCUGUGGCCCGCCGCUGCGCUGGGAGUAUGGAGGUGUGGACGAGUAUGGCGAGCUGCACCUGGAAGAAAAUUGGGAAGACUUUAAGGAUGCUUUGGAAGCACUGUGCGAUAUUUAUGGGAAUGAAGCUGAAGCUGGGUCUGAGGCGGGGGUUGAAGAUUCGACGGGUCUUAUGUGGGAAGAAGGGUACUAA